UUAACUUUCCACUGGAAAUCACUCAAUGUUGCACGGUGGCACAGCAGCAGGAUCGGACCCUAUCCCAGCGUACAAAUGCAAAUAUUUACUCACCACAAGCACAGCAACAGCAGAAGAAAACUAAGUAAAAGGUACAAAUACAAAUAUUUACUCACCAAAAGUACAGCAACAGCGGAAGAAAACAAAGUAAAAGGUACAAAUACAAACAUUUACUCACCACAAGCACAGCAACAGCAGAAGAAAAAGUAAAAGGUAUAAAUACAAACAUUUACUCACCAAAAGUACAGCAAUAGUGGAAGAAAACAAAGUAAAAGGUAGAAAAGCGGAUGAAAACUAUGUAAAAAUAUAAACAUUUACUAUAGGGUCUACCCUCAGCUGAGAUUUCACGUCUGUAUGAUUUCUUUGUUCAAACUUGUAUUUUAAAUCCUAAUGUACGUUGACUUGUUAUGAUUUCUUGGCGUGCACUUGUGCACAGUGUCAAAUGCUGCCAUCUAUCGGCUAUGUGAGGUAUCGGUGAAAGUGAAAAUGAAAGUUACCUCGGGUUUGACUUUCGUUUUGCCGCAACUGAGCUGUACUGGACUGCACUGCUGGUCCUCAUUUGGACGGAAGGUCUGAGAAGGAUGAACAUGGACGACGUGAUGAAAGAGAAUCUCAUUGACAGUUUUCGACCAAGGUUGAAGGUCUUUAUCUCGGUGGAGCCGGUUCUGGAUCGUCUCCAUAUCAUCAGUGCAGACCAGAGAGAAUUUCUUAGACAAAUGGCCAAAACGGACGGUAACUCCGCGGCCGUGGACGCCCUGAUCAGUGCCGUCCUUCGGAAGCCUCACCCGGAAGGCUGGUUCCAGGCUUUUGUGGACGCCUUGUGCAACGCCGGGUGCCAACAAGCGGCGAACUACAUGAUGGUCAAGCUGCCCCGCCCGGAAGUGGAAGAGCAGAACGACCACUGCAUGCGGAUGAUUGACAUACUAGUACCCAGUCUUCUCGACAUGGACACCAAAGUAGUCUGCACGUUGUGUUUUUCCAGGGAACUCAUCACAAAGGACGACAUGGACAUUAUCCUUUGCUUGGCAGACUCCCAGGGACUCCGAGUUGGCGCUCGUGAACUUCUGAAAAGGAUUGUGAGGUGCCAGCUUGGAUGGUACUCUGAGUUUAUCCAGAUUUUGCGUGAAACUGAGCACCAGGUCUUGUACGCGCUGCUGGAAGGGUCAUGUGACUACGAUACCACAGACCUGUACAGAAGCGAAAGCUCGCUUGGAGACUCCACUCAAAGUUCACCGCCAGAUCUAAAAGCAGCGUCAAUAGAAGAUGAGACUACAGGAAGUAAGGCUGUGAUUGACAGUCCGGCGGAAAGUUCAGCUAGUUCACAGCGUUUGGAUGACUACAAGGACAUGGAGGCUGAGAAUGAUGCCACAGAUCCAAGUGACCCAGGCGGAGCUCCCGGCAGCCCAGAUAGAGCUGAAAUUAUUCUUCGGGAUUAUCAGAAGGAGGUGGCUCAACCUGCCUUGGAGGGGAAAAACAUCAUCAUCUGCCUCCCGACCGGAAGUGGUAAAACCAGGGUGGCGGUUUAUGUUACUCGUCAACAUCUGGAACGCAGGAGAGCGGAUCGGAAGACGGGGAAAGUGGUCGUUCUGGUCAACAAGGUUCCUCUGGUGGAGCAGCACCACGCCACAGAGUUCCAACGCUUUCUCAAGCACGCGUACAAAGUGGAAAGAGUCAGUGGAAACUCUUUGUUGAAAAUCUCUUUCACAGAGAUUAUGAAGAAAAAUGAUGUCGUCAUUUGCACGGCCCAGAUUCUGCAAAACUAUUUGGAGAGGUCGGUCAAAGGAGAAGACGAGGGAGUGCAUCUCAAGGAUAUUAGCCUGAUCAUCAUAGACGAGUGCCAUCACACUAAGAAGGGGGAAGUGUACAACCAGGUGAUGAUGCGUUACCUGAAGCAGAAGAACAAGAACAAUGGGCUGAAGAAGGAGCAGAAGGAGACCGUGCCGCUGCCCCAGAUCCUCGGCCUCACCGCCUCUCUUGGCGUUGGGAGCGCCACCAAACUCGAUGCAGCCGAGAAAAACAUCCUACAGAUUUGUGCCAACUUGGACGCCUCCCAAAUCCUGACUUCCAAUCUUGGGGAUUACAGAAACGAUCCAUGCAAACAAAUAGUUCUUGUUGAGGACAAAGAGAAGGAUCCCUUUGGUGAUGUCAUCAAGAGAAUCAUGAGCAGUAUCCAAACGUAUGCCAAGCUCAGCCCCACCUGCCAGCUUGGCUCUCAGACCUAUGAACAGUGGGUGGUCCAAUACGAGCGGCAAGCUUGAUAGCGGCUCAAGAGGAAGACCAAACAUGCACAUUUGUACCAAUAUAAAUCAUAUCAAGUGGAGUUUUUAGAUGAUUAUGAUGAACUUUCUAGCUGCCAAAGAGGGAAACCAAACGGUGCGUAUUUGUGCGGAGCACCUUCGUCAGUACAACGAGGCCCUGCAGCUCAGCAACACCAUCCGCAUGUGUGAUGCCUUCACUUUCCUGGAGAAAU